AUGAUAUACUCGGUGUCAUGCUACGUCCUACCGAACACCGGAAAGAAGAAUGAUCUACAGAACACGUGGAAUUCAAGUGGUCGUCAGACUUACCAUCAAGCCAACUCUCUCAAGUACCGCGCGCUUGCGACCAAGUACUACAACAAAGCCAUGGAACACCUAGAAGCAGCGACAAUGGACCCCAACAUCGCGACACUUCGCGCAGUCCUUCUGCUUGCCAUUCAUAGUAGCUUUGAUCCAAAAUCUGGUAACUCUGGUCAGCAAAUAGCGCUAGCCGGUCGUUUGGCCUUCGACCUUCAAGCCAAAGCCGAAUUGCAAGAGCUCCAACCAAAAGAAAUUGAGAUUCUGAGGAAUAUGCACAUGACAAUCUUCAGUAUGGAGAACCACAUAGCUUCAACAUUGGACCGACCUGCACUGUUCCCCGAGCCAGUCUCAGAGAUCACAUUCGACAUGAACAAGCCGGCUGAAUACAUGUGCUCGCUCUUCAGGCUCCAGAAUCGCUUCCGAAAAGGCGAUUACGCUACCAAGCAGCAGAUGAAGAAGAUGCUACCGCGGCUAGACGAUCGCGCCGAACUUUUGCCCAUUGUUCGCAUUGCUUUACACAUGACCCACCUUCUGCUCAACCCAGUAUGGGGCAGCGCGUGGCAUGUCUUAGAAGCUGUAGUCAGUCUCGGAGGCAUACACGUAUACGUGACGCCGCACUGGGUGUACCGAGCCGGGACAGUCCUGAUCCAGAACAUGCCAGCAAUCUUCGGCGGCAACUUGAUCCAGCUCUACUCCAACGCACUACUUGUGCUUGAGCUUUCGUCGUGGAAGUGGCCUAGCUCUGCAACUCUGUCUGCAUCGCUCGUCGAUCUCAUGACAGACAUGAAAAGGAAAUAUCAGCCGGACUGGUCUGGCACACUUCAACAGGGAGACCUGCCCAAAAUGCCGCCCCGCGAGGUCUUCUUCCUCAACACCUGGUCCGGCCGAGUGAUAACCCGAUCAUCCACCAUCUUCUCCUCCCUCUCAAGCAUUCAGCACCACUACGAACUCUCCUACGACAAACUCCUCGAUCAGCUCCAGGACUUCGUUCGCGCGACAAAAAGCCCCUACAAAUACCGCUUCGAGACAGAAGAACAUAUUCACGAGGAGAAAGUCUUGUCCUUCGAUCUAACUGGCAGAGGAAAGGCGUAUGUGUUGAAAUAG